AACCUAAUUAUAAUUCUCUGAGGGGAAUUGCAGGAAGGAAUUAGAGCUGCCAUGGCAAGUAGUGGAGAGGAGACGUCUGUCAUGGACGAGCUUGGAGGAGGAGGUGAUGACCAUGAAGAAAACGGAGGGAGCUCGAGUAACAGCACGGUCGAGGAGAGCGAUCACCAUCGGAGGAUCACCGGAGUGCGGCAGUACGUCAGGUCAAAGAACCCGAGGCUCCGGUGGACGCCCGAUUUGCACCUCUGCUUCGUUCGCGCAGUCGAGAGGCUCGGUGGCAAAGCCAGAGCAACACCAAAGCUGGUUCUUCAGCUGAUGAAUGUAAAGGGCCUCAGCAUAGCUCAUAUCAAGAGUCAUCUGCAGAUGUAUAGAAGCCAGAAGCUGGAUGAUUACGAUCAAGUUAUGGAGCAUCCACAAAUUAUGCUGCAAGGCACUUUCAAUCACUCUCCAGUUCUGCAUACUUGCUAUAACAACUCGAGGUAUUGGAUAUUCCAAAACCAAAUCCUGGGAAGAGCCAUGAGUGAUGCUGCUAAUUGUGCCAAAAAAGACAGAGAAACCAUUGCUCAACAUGCUCAAGAGGGAAGCCAGGAGCCUGAUCUCACCCUGUCUCUAAGUAUUGGAUUAUCAGAGAAGGAUAAAAGACAGAAAACUUUCGAAGAAGAGACAGCUAGAGAUCAUAGCAAGUUAGCACUCUCUUUGUUUACUUCAUCUUCUUCAAAACAGGUGGCCAUGCCAAGGAAUCCAAACCUGACUCAGCAGGUUAGGAGAAGAGAUUAAUUAAUUAAUUAAUUAGAGGUUGAAUGAGUAGCAAGUACUAUGGAUCUGACUGCAUGAUCACAAUGCUAUGAGAUGCUUAGUACUUCACUUCUUUUAACUUGCAUUUAUGUAUAUUGUGCAUUACGAUAGGAUAACAGAUAGAUCAACUGCCUGUGUACGAGUAUGAAUUAAAUGGCAUGAAAUUGAU